AUGGACCGGGUAGUGUGGGAACGAGUAGCAGCAGACGGAGCAGCUGCUGUCAGAGCCCAAGGGGUUACCAUGGAUGCAGGCAGAGAAGACCAGGAGGAGGUGAGUGAGGGCAGGCCGCCGUGGGUGCUGGCAGAGCUGGCAUACGAGCAUCUCCUCUGGAGGGCCUCUCAGGCGCACUUCAAGACAAUCUACGCCGGCCAGCGCCGCCCACUGCCCCUCCCUAGGGCGGUGAAGGUGCUGCUGGGAGAUCUGCUGCUGCUGUCGGUGCACCGAUAUGCGUCCGUGCAGGGUGUUGCGCGUGCCAGCCUGGAGCUCCUUCUCAAGCGCUUCCCGCCAGCUGUCGACACGGCAUUGCGCCAGCUGGCGCCGUGCGUGGCUGGGGAGGCAGGCGCAGUGGCAAGGCUGCUCAGGAUGGGGAAGAGUGCUGGCAGCAACGGUGGUGAUGGCAAUGGUGACCGAGAGAAGCAAGAGAGUGAGGAAGAGAAGGUGGAGGAGAUGAAAACGGCAGAGGAGGGAGAGGAAGUGGAGGAGAAGGAGGACAGGGAGGAGGCAGCAGUGGGGGCCUGCCAGGUGUUCGUGAGCCGGCCGAUCAUGCGCAAGAUCGCUUACGACUGGCGGGCUUUGGCUCCUUUCCUCUCUGCACUCCUGGCCUCGCACUCCAUUGAUUCUCUCAAGGCUCUUAACGCCAUCAACCAGCUCUUCAUCGCGUUUGUCUCUCGCUUCGCUGGAGUGAACCCGGUUCGGCCCCGCCGGGUGCCUGCUAUGGGAGAGGAGCAAGGUCAAGUGGAGCAGACUGAGGGGGAGGAGAGUGGGUGGGAGAGCGGAUACGCUAUUCUCUUUCUCAGCCAUGAGACUGGGCGAGCUGCAGCUAAGGAGAAUUCUUACGAUCCUCUAUUCCAGAUACGCUAUUCUCUUUCUCAUGGCCAAUGCACUGCUCGCCCUCCUCUCCUGAGGCGCCUCAAAACUCCCCAGCCAACCUUCCUGUCUCCCUCCUCUCCCCCUCCCUCUCUCCCAGCGCUGCUCUCAGAUUGGCCGAGGAGCAGGUCCCGGGGGUUGGUGCCGUCCUGUCCGCAGUCGUCCUCAUUUGUGGUGGCGAAUGCGAUGCUCUUUGAGCUGCUCGUGCAAGCUUGUGCUGCUGCUGGUGCUGCUGCUGCUGCUGGUGCUGCUGCUGCUGCUGGUGCUGCUGCUGGUGCUGCUGCUGCUACUGCUGCUGCUGCUGGUGCUGGCGCUGCUGCCGAUUCCCCUGCAGCUGCAGACGCUGCUACUGAUAGUAACGCAUCUGGCGCCGCACCUGGCAGCACAGCAGCAGUGACAGCCUUCCUGCACGCACUCCACCCAUGCCUGCAAGACCUGGUAUCCAAAGAGACUGACAAGGGAGCACAGAGCGCAGCAGCAGAGAUCACCGCAGGCCUCCUUGCCUCUGCACACCCUGGUGUGCUGCACGCCUGGUGUGCCGAGCCUGAGCCAGAGGUACUGGCCGAGGCUGAGAACCAGGUUCGGGCCAGGGCGGAAGCAGAGGCUCCUCUUGGUUCUGACUCUUCCUCACCGUCGCUGAAUCCUCCCGCUCCUGGUUGGUUGGCUCGUCUGUUCCACCAAGCCAUUCUGCAUUGCUCCGUGGAAUCUCAAACCGACUGGGCCACAUGUGUGAGAUAUGUCUUGACUAGGAGGAGACAGGAUGUGAGUGGUAAGGAAUUUGGGGCAGAGGAAUUGGACGGGGGAGGGGAUGGACGAAGGGGAGGAGGAGGGGGAGUGAGGGGCAGGAUUCAGCGGCUCGUGCGGGAGAAGCUUCUGGAGAAGCUUCCGGGAAAUGCAGCAUCGGGUCAGCAGGCGAAACGUCUGAUGCUGCUGGUGGUGGCGGUAGGGGAGAUGGGGCAAGGGGAGGGAAGGUCUGAGCCUGGAAGUAAGGAGCAGCAGAAGGAAGCUGAGGAGGAAUUGGAUUUCCUUGUGAGAUUGGCAGAUGAAGCUAAGGGGCUGAUGACGCAUAGCGCGAGACAGGUUCGUCAGCUUCUGGGGGAGGUGUUAUCUGCUCUUCUGGCUGCACUCAGCACUAGAUUCGCUGGUUCGGCCUCUUCCUCCUCUUCCGUGUCUGCUGCUGCGACUGCCAGCCUGUCGAAUCAUAUCUUGGCAGAAGCUGCCAAAGCUGCUACAGUGAUCAAGUCCAUGGGAAGCAGCACCGAGCAGCAGAAAGAGACAAAGGAGGGUUCGAAGAAACAAGAGGGGGAGAUGGAAGGGGUGGUGGAGGGGAAGGAGGGAGGGGAUGAGGAGAGCAGUGAAGCAGGGAGGGAGGGAUCUGAAGAGGACAAGAGCGUGUGGACAAUGGAAUCGAUUCUCUACUUCAUCAUGUCUGCUGUCAAGUCGGGAGACGCUCCUCCAUUCCUCCCAACGAUCGUCGCUCUGCUGCCACCUCUGCUCUCCAUCCAGGAAACCCCCAACACGGACCUUUCUCUCCUCGCCAAGCAAUGUCUCGCCUACACCAAGUACCUGCCCCUCCCUGCAACCGCCGUGCCAGCAGCAGCAGCGGCGGUGCAGGCAGCAGCACAGUCGGGCAACUGGAAGGAGAGGGCUGCUGCUCUCUCGCUCUGCCAGUCCUUUGUCUUUCGCAAUGGCUUCCUUCUGUCACCCGCCGACCUCUCAUCGCUCCGUGAAGCAGUCAUUACCUGCCUGCAAGACCCACAGCCAGAGGUGCGUGACAUGGCAUCCACCACGCUGGCAGGCCUUUUCAAGGCAGCCCAACAGGGUGACACGUGGCCUGCUGUCAUUCGCCAGAGCUUCAUCCAAUCAGCUGCAGCCACGCUCAAGGCCUCGAGAACCUCCCGCAGACGGGCCAGUGGGGGAAAACCGUUGGAUGCUGACUCGGCAGCCAAGGCGGCAGCACGGACGGUCAAGAUGCAUGGAUCGGCGCUUGGGCUUGCAGCUGCCGUGCGAUCAGCACCAUACGAUGUUCCCCUCUGGUUACCAGACGUGCUGCUGUCGCUUGCCAGCCUGGCAGGAGAGCCUGCUCCAGUUGGGCCUGCGGUGGGGAAGGCUCUGGGGGACUUCAAGCGCACACACGCCGACAGCUGGCACAUCCACAAGGAGGCGUUCAGUGCGGAGCAGCUAGAGGUCAUCAACGACCUAUCUUCAACUGUGGGCUAUUUUGUGUAG